GUUUCUUGUUCAGGUUCUCCAUUGGCAGGAAGUAGAACUUGGCCUUCUUUUGAAAACCCUUCCAGUCCAGCUCUGCCUUUCUCAAACAACUAUUCCAUGCCAACUUCUCAAUCCUAUCCACCAGCUGCUUUUAGCUCCUUGCAGGUUGCAAACUACCUCUCAUCACUGCCUCAACACAUGAUGCCUUCAUCUUCAACAGCAAAUUCUAUGUUUCCCAUUGUAAUGGGGAAUGCCAUCUCUCAUCAGAAUACUUUGCAGCACAUGCUAAACAGUGGGAUGGUGCCACAGAAUAUGAACAAUCCAAUGCCAGCUCUAGCAUCCAACACUCAAACAGGAACCCAGUGGUCUACCACAGCCCCAAUGUUUUCCUUGGCUAAUGUCUUAUCUUUGGCAAUGAGUAUGGCACAGACUUUGCUACCAGUGGCAUCUCCUGCCACUUCACAGCCUCAAGGAAUCUCACCUGGAGGACCCAUCUUUUCUCAACCAAUGUCUGGACAUAUUCAGCCUCCUCUAGUAUAUCCAACAAGUUUCUCUCAGCCUCAAAGCCCAGUUAAAGAUGGAUGUUCUGCCCAGGGAACCCACUUAUAUCAUGGACCUGCACAUACAAAUGGGAUGUUUAUUCAGAAUGUGCCAGGUCAAAAUUUUUCUACAAUGGGUGGUGGCUUCUCACAGCCCCUUGCUCCGCAAGAACCUGCACCACCCAUUGGAUUUGCUCAGCAAGUGCCACAUAUGAAUAUGCCAGGAUACCAAAUGCAAUUUCCACAGCAGACUGAAGUUCCAACUUCUCCAAGGGUUGCCCAGGACUUCCCAGUGCUACAUCCAGUGCUAGCAAGCAAAGUGUAUUCUUCACCCCUUGGAGACCAGACAACAGAAACAACAGGAUCUGUCGUCGGACAGACCAUGAUCACACCUGUAAGCAUUGGCUUUUAGCAAAUGAAGUUCUAAGUGCAAAGAAUAUAUAAUUGUGCAUAGUCCACAAUGAAGGUAUGCUCUUUGGUAGUUGGCUUAAAAAUCUCAUCUUACUGGGUUUCUUAGCGUAACUGAUUUAAACUACCUAUUUAAAGGUUGCCGAGGAUUUUCAUGUAAUAUAUAUAUAUAUAUGUCAUGAUACCCAGAUAAACUUAAAUACAAUUAUAGCUUUUUUUAUUCAUUGGCAUCCAGUAUAAUGUUUGAUUUCACUGUAUAUCGGUAGGUUUACAUUCAUUACACUUUCGUAGAUAUGGUGAUGUGCAAAAGAAGAUUCUAUAUGUGUUUGAUAGGACUGAGGUAUAUGUCUUGAUCGGCAGUAUUUUCUCCAUCAUGUAACUGAUGUAACUGGUUGAUGCAGUUCUGCCACCUUAUUUAUAUUGAUUUAAGUCUUUUUCAACAAACAAUUCUUCACACAUGAUGUGCUGGAAAAUUGUGUGGUGAUAUCACAAAGAAGAAAUGAUCCUAAAAACGUAAAUGAAACCCUUUUAUUUUUAUUUAUUUUUUUCAUUUUUUUUUUUUUUAUCCUUGUCUAGUCAAUAGAUCUAUAUAUAUGGUGUGCAGUAUGAACUGUUAAAGAAACCAGAUGACUGCAGCUCCAAAACAACUUAAUGUUAACAAAUGGGGGUUGGAGUCAGUGGGCAGUUUCUCAUCAUUCAAUAAUGGUUUAGCCCCAAAGGUUGAUCACACAGACACACGGGUGUCUUUUGUCUCUUCCACCAUACACUUGAGGAAGUUUUGCUUUAGCAUCUGGUAGUAGAAACUGUUACUCUCAAUGGACGGGUGGACAGUUAUAGUCUAAGAGUUAGCUGAUGCUCUCGGCAUAUCCCCAUAUGCAAACGCAUACCUGUCUGGACUGUACAGUGGCUGGAGGAGCUCAUAGUGAGGCUGUGCUGAUGGGCACUAGGAGACAAACUUUGAGGUUAAACCAUUUGAAAAGGUUUAACCAUUAACGGUAAGUCAACAUCCAGACACUUCUGCCCUGUAACAACUUCAUCUCAGUUGGAGUGUUCCUUUAACUGCAUCUAGAUUACAGAUACAAUCUAAGCACAGAAAUAUCUGCAAACCAAAACCAUAAAACCAAACAUAGGCGAAUAUUGCAUAGACACCUUUAUAAUCUUUUUAAAUGGUUGCACUCACAAAUGUGAAUUUGAUUGCAGGUAUAUCAACCAAUGAUGAGCAUGGGGUUUGAUCUCCAUUAAUGAGGCAGAGCAGAAUUUUGGAGACUGGCAUGGCAAGGGCUUAAAGGUAAGUAAAUCUCACCUUCCAAACUCUCCCAUGGCAGCGGACACCAGAAUAAGUAGAUCAAACCAUGGUGUUAGGAAUAUGGUUGUAUUGCUAAUGCUAGAAUGGUCCUAUAAUGAGGAAAUGUAACUUCUGCAAUAGCAAUUUGCAGAGUGAGUGGCUGAUACAUGGGCACACAAAGGACCACUGAUUUGUUUCAAACUGCUCUAAAAUGGUUUGACACCAAACAGGGUGAGAGAACCAUGAGUAUGUUGGUACCAUAGCCAUUUCAGCAGGCUAUGGUCAUGCUGCUUAGAGUAUUUAUUUAAAAGUAAUCAACCUUAUACCAGUAGAAAAUGAAUAAGUACGUUCGUGUGGAAGGAUAUAGCUAAAUAUUUAUCCUCUACACACAAUAUUGUAGAUAUUCAAACAGACUCAUCCAAAAACAUACAGAAACAUAUCUACAACCAAAACCAUAAGACCAAACAUAGGGUAAUAUUGCAUAGACACCUUUAUAAUAUUUUUUUAAUGAUUGUACUCACAAAUGAGAAUUUGAUGGCAGAUAUAUCACCCAAUAAUCGGUAUGAGUUUUCUUCAGUGUCUCUCAAUUCAUAUGGAUAUAUAGGGAUAAAAAGGAAAGUGUAAUAGUUCUGCGAGAUUCUGUCAGCGUGGCAGCACAGAAACACAGCGAUCACGCACCUUGCUCGCGGCAAACCGCUACCCGACCUCCUUCCACCCCGGUCCCCAGCGUGUGUGGCUUUCCUAGAGACGGCCAUUCUAAGUUUCGGUUAGAUGUUUUCCUUAGUGAUAGAUGUGAUACUAUUUCUGCGUGCUGGAUCAACAGUAAUCCUGACAGAAAGCAGACACAGUGCAAAUCUUCUACUAAAAUCAGCAAUUUGAUACAAAUACACUUACAAAAUAUAAAUUAGUAUGUGUAUAUUACCAUCCCAACUUGGGACAGGGAUCUCUACACUUUAAUUCUCCAGGUAUUGACCAGGUAAAAAUCACCAUACCAAUAGAAACAAAAAACCUGAAUGAAAUAUAAUUAAAAUAGUGCAAAUAGCCCUACUGGUUUUGUCCAUUUGUUUUGACCUCUUAGAGAGAAUUCUGCUUAAAUAUGAUGUAAUAUACUACAUGUCUUAGCUGUCUUUUAUAUAUUCGAGGCUCCUCCCGUGGGCAGCCGUUAGCCUAUCCACUGGUUUGCCUUCAUGUGUAAGUCUCCUAACAAUGUAUUCCUAAUCUCUAUUUCGGCACACCUUCCGCUGGAGGAGCCUGGGAGAUUUAAAAGAGGGCAUGUAAUGCAUUAUAUCGUAUUUUGGCAGCAAUUUAAUCUCAAUUCCCUGAAGAGGAAUUAGUUGGACGAAAUGCAUAGGGCUAUUUGUUCUAUUUUAAUUAUAUUUCAUUCUGGGUUUUUUUUUAAUUUGUAUGUAUUUUAUUGUAUUUGUAUUUUAUACAACCAUAUUCCUAACACUAUGUUUUGAUCUACUUAUUCUUGUGUGUGUCCCACCAUGUGAGGUUUGGAAGGUGUGAUUUACUUACCUUUAUACCCUCGCCGUGCCAGUUCUUAAAAUGCUGCUCCACUUCUUUAUCUUGAUGAUCUUAGCCAAUUCAAUGUUCCCACAUUAAAUGCAAUAAAAAGUUAAACUUGGCUAUUGAGCGGAAGCUAUUCUAGUGGCUAUCAGGAAGACAGCCACGAGAGACAUGUUAACCCUGUAAUGUAAACGUAUCUACUAAACGGCAAUGUUUUCAUUUGCAGGGUUAAAAAUAUAGGUUUAUGGUAUGCACACAACCUUUUUGAGAUGAAGUUGUCUGGAUGUCUACAGAGUGUCUUUAACAAUAUUAUGUCAGCUGACUCUCUCAGUCAGAAACAAUAUCCAAAUUUGAACAACAAUAUUAUAUUAUAUUAAUAUAUAUAUAUAUAUAAAUAUAUAUAUUAAAUAAUUGUCUAAAUUUGUCUAUAUUAUAUUGCUAAUGGGGACAUAUAACUGCUUAGAGCUUCCCUUUAAAUUUUUUGAAACUCCUGAAUAUGUAGCUGAGUAAAAGGUGUAAUUUGUAGACAACUUAAAACAGAAUAUUCUGUUUGUGACCAGUAUUUACUGAUGUCUAAAAAAUUUUUAUUGAAAACAGUUAGUGAAAACUUAUUUUUUUCUUAAUUCAAAAGUUUUAUGUUAAGUAGUGAUGUCCCGAAUGGUUCGCCGUGGACGGCGAAUAUAUGCGCUGUUCGGUCCGCCCCCUAUGUCAUCAUUGAGUAAACUUGAGUAGACCCUGUACCUCACAGUCAGCAUACACAUUCCAGCCAAUCAGCAGCAGACCCUCCCUCCCAGACCCCCCCACCUCCUGGACAGCAUCCAUUUUACAUUCAUUGUGAAGCUGCAUUCUUAGGGAGCCGUCCAGGAGGUGGGAGGGUCUGGGAGGGUUUGCUGCUGAUUGGCUGGAAUGUGUCUGACUGAGGUACAGGGUCAAAGUUUACUCAAUGAUGACGAAUAGGGGGCGGACCGAACAUAUGUUCGCCGUCCGUGGCGAACCGUUCAGGACAUCACUAAUGUUAAGCCAUGUUGUGUUUCUAAAUUCUGCCUUUGGCACAAAAAAAAAAAAUUAUGAUUAUUGAUGGGAAAAAAAGAUGAAUGGUGGCUACGAAACAGUCACUAAAUAUUGAUUGUAUUCACAGAUCAAGGCCUUGAUUUAAUAAGCACUCUAAAUUAUUCAAUACUGUAACAUUUCCAAUUGAUUAAACUACAAAAAUCUUCAUAGACAAGGUGUAAUGGUGAUUUGUGUAGAUACAUAAAACUUUUAAACUCUUAUAACAGCAUUGAAUUUAGAAAGCUUAUUAAAUCAAGUGAGCAAUAGAAAUAAAAAAAGUAGUAGCAGUAAAAAAAAAUCUAAAUUUAUAUAUUUUAUAUGUAAUUAAUAUAUAAAUAUAUUAAUGUAGGUUUAUUUUAUUUUUUCUGCUCCUCCUCUUUUUCUAUCAGGUACAUUGUUUCUCACUUUAUCUGUGAACCAUACUAUAUUAUGUGUAUAUUUUGCAUUAAACCUAUUGGCCCUUUUUCAUAUCUUUUUGUUCUUAUUUUGUUUCCAAAUCGGAAUCUUGGUCACGAAAUUCUACCGAGCCAAAACGACUUUGCACUGAAUGUCCCAAAACAUUUUCUAUUUUGCCUUGCACAAGUCUAGUAAGAAUAUAUAUUUAGCUUUGAUUUGGUACUUAAUUUAAAGGGAUGCCAUAGGCAUCAAAAUAACGUUAGUUUAAAUAAGCAGUGUUAGUGUAUAGAUCAUGCCCCUGCAGUCUCACUGCUCAUUUCUCUGCCAUUUAAUAGUUAAAUUACUUAUUUCUGUUUAUGUUAGCUUCCCUGGCUGUGACAUCCUACAUGAAAGAAUGGUUUAAUUUUCACUCAGAUGUUUACUUGGUUUAGACGUUUUUAUCAUCUGCUCUAUGUAAAUUGUACUUUAAUCACAUGCAAAAGUCUACUGCAGGGUCUAGAAGCUUAUUAACAAAGCAGGAUAUAAGAAAUUUUAAAUUAAAUAGUAUAUGCAAUAAAAGAAGUGUAAACAUGAGAACUCUCUUUACAGGAAGUGAUAAGAAAGGCUGUGCAAGUCACAUGCAAGGAGGUUUAAACACUGCUAAAUUCUUUACCAUUUAGGAGCUAAAUCACUUUAGGUCCUAAAUGGCAAAGAAUUGAGCUUGACAAUGGAGGAGCAUGACCUAUACACCAAAAGUGAAUUAUUUACCUAAAGUUGUUUUGGUCCCUAUAGUGUCCCUCUAAUUGCUAUCAAACAUUUAGCAGAAUAAAAUAAUAAUAUUUUCCUUACAGUAAAGGACACAGUACCCCAAACUGCACGUAUUAUUGUUAUGUCUUGUUUGCUCUGUCUUGAACUCAAGGAGAAGAACAAUUAAAAUGAAAAGAUAUCACAUGCUUUCAAUUGCAUUAGACAUCAGAAAUUGGUUUAAAACAGCAAGUUAUCUAUAUAGAUUACAUACACCUUACUACCCCACAGUCACUUGCUCAUUCCUAGACACCCAAUUGCCAGAUUGUACUUAAGUGUUUUAUAGCACCAGAGCACUACUGGAAAAUAUAAAGUACCAUGGCAAUUACCACUGUGUAUUCUAGUUUACUAGCAAUGAUGAUUUAAGGGUAUGCAGUUAUGGGGUCAUUUUGCUGGGCAACCCUUGCUUUUCACUACUGCCUUACCUUUCAUUAAAUUGAUAAUACUUGGAGGAUCAACAUGCACAUUUUAAUUAAAACAUUCAGGAAGAUCAAUAAAUAUGUUGAUUUGUUUAUAUGUCAACCAAUAGAGUUGCUCUACAUGGUCAUGCAUCAAUAUGCACCAGAUAUUUCAUAAUUUGCAAGAUAGAAGAAGCCUCUCUAUCCAUGAUGUCUUCUUGCAAGCUAUAAAGGACCCAAAAGAGGCACCCCAAGCCCGAUAUUCACAUUUCCCUCCUGCAGCAUUUCCAGAGUUAAUGCCAUUUGGAUAAUUUCUUGCAAUACUGAACCAAGAUUAAACUAACAAGUUUAAACCAUCCUUGCACAACAUAUUUCUAUUUUCUAUAUUGAGUUCAUUGUGCCAUAUGAUGACUUCACUAAAGUGUCUAGCUAGUUUGGCAACAAUGAUAUUGAGACACCUGUGUUAAGAACAGGGUGCCUUGUUCCCACCUUGGUUUCCUAAAUUGGACACACCACAAACAUUCUUGCCAUCAGGGACCUCCAAGAAGUCAUUUUAAUAACCCGUUUCCUCUUGAGUAGCAGGCUGCUUCCCAGAUGAUUUUACUACUUGAAUAUAGCUUGCUCAAAUGAAUAUAGUUAUCUCCCACAACUUUCUGCAAACAACUUGAUGAAGUUGUCAGUAGGUUUCCCCAAACAAGGCUUAGUGCUGUAAAGAAAUAAAAAUACCCUAUACUGAGGAAAGUAGUUGUGUUAUAUACACAAAGAUCUGAGACCUGACAAGGGAUGAAAAUGAGACUGUCAUGCCUAUGUGGCUACUCUGGAGGGGUGAACCUCGGCUACAAAGGCAAAUUGCCAAAUUCUUUUUCUCCAGGUUUCAACACAAUGGACAGCUAACAAAGACAAUUUUUAUACAGAGGAAGAAGACAUGUGGAGCCAUGAUACUCUGCCACACAUUCAUACUCAUUCGGCCAAUAUACAAGUAAUGCAUUUAACUUUUAGGCUGCUAGGUGGAUAAUGAGUUAUUUUGUCAUAAUACAGGACUUAAUCCCUAGGCUGUUGGGUGACUAAAGAUUCCUAUACUCCCAGAGGUCCCAAAUUCUCUUGGCAAGAUAUGAGCACCAAGCUUCUCUGCAGUGCACAACAUUUUUCAUGUGUAUUUGCAAGAAGAUGAGAAGAGAGUGGGCUAAUUGCUUUGGCAGCAUGGCAAGCAACAUUCACAAAUAGAGUACAUUAGAGGUGCUUUCUUACCACUUGUGAAACAUGAUUUCUACACAAAGCAAAUGAUUAUAGCAGAUUGGUGUGUGAGAUAGUUUAAGUGAAUAACUCAUGAGAGGAUUAACAGGAUAUUUUAGUCUUCUACCAAUACGACCCACUCUCUUGCUCCACCAUAGUAUGGAUACAUAAGGCAAAGCACGACUACAACUUGUGCCAACUCAAACACCCUGUCAUUGAAUAAGCGCUGAUUCCUUUAAAAAGCCCAUAUUUCACCCACACAUUACCUUCAGGAGUUUUGUUAGAUGGCAAAAAGUAAAGGUGUUUCAGCCAAAAACCUCCUUAAAUCUUACCCCGUACAAUGCCCUAUGUCCAACCCGAAAUCCCAACAUACUGUAUGAAUCUGUAUUUCACUACAGUAAUCACUUCUUAGAUUAAUAUGUUAGUGAGCACAAAUAAUAUGUAAAUCUUCACACAAAAAAUGUCUAAAUAAAGAUGCUCUUUCAGUCUCAAUAACAAUAUAUAUCUCACAGAGAAAAAAAAUACAAACUACAAAACAAAAAAUAUAGUGCAUGACUGUAUGACACUGUAUUGUGAAUAAUAAUUGGCCACUCACACUUAAAACUGUUUCUCAGAGAUAAUUAGCGUGUUACAGAGUGACUAAAUCAGCACGCAGACAAACAAUACAGCCAUUUCCCAUUGGUCCUGCAUUCAUAUUGCCGUAAUUGUUCGAGAACGUUUCUUAUUGGCUCCUUUUAAUUCCAACUGCUUCCACUCCAAUACUUUCCUUCACUUCUGUAUCACAUAACCAAUGUGAUGACAUUUUCACCACCAUUCCAUGUCACGUGACCAAGACGGUGCAUUUUUCCCCUAGCAUUAUGUGAAUGGAACCAUGCAACAAUGUGUUCCACUGUCAUCCCUAAUGCCAUGUGCUAUCCAGUGCCCCUGUUGAAUAGAUCAAUAUAUUCUUGAGUCCCUCAAUUUUGGUAUCAUGGUGGGAGAUGCUAAAAAAAAAAUAUGUAUACCAGAAGCACAUAAAAAUUGUAGGGGAUAUAUAGCAAAAAAAUGACAAUAUUUGAGGAAGGCUGAACUUGAUGGACGCAAGUCUCUUUUCAACUAUGUAACUAUGUAACAAAUCUACUAAAGCUGGUUCUCAAUAAAAUAUCUAACAAGCACUUAAUGCAAUUCCCAGCUGAUUCGUUCUGGACCUGCAAACUACAUCCUGAUUUGGAUGUAAUAAAACAAAAAGCAUUUGUACAACUUACGACUCCAGACUACAAACUCCUUUAUAUGGGGGCUCCAAAAUAAAAUUCCAGCAUAGAUAUCACAUCGAAAAGCUGCCUUAACCACGGAGAAUACCAAACAUCAGGUAAAAUCCUACACCAGACAAAAUAGAGGCUCAUAUAAAAGUAGUGGAAUCAAAUUCCCGUUGAAUGGAUGUUACAAAAUUAUUACUUCAAGAAAACCUCCUUAACUAGAAGUCAGUUUCAUCAGCUUGUAUUAGAAUAAAUAUGUUUACACCACUGGUUCCAUGGAUCACUUUUUGUCUGCUCCACAGUAUUACUACAAGUACCUGAGAGAACCAAAACUUACAACUGUUAUAACGGAGUGUCAUCCACCCUUCGAAUGCAGUUACAUACAUACACUGAUCAGCCACAACAAUAAAACCACUGACAGGUGAAGUGAAUAUCAUUGAUGAUAUCAUUACAAAGGCACAUGUAAAUGGGUGGGGAGUGUACAUUAGGCAGCAAGUGAACAACCAGUAAUUGAACUGUAUGUGUUUGAAGCAAGAAAAUGGGAAAGAAAAGAUCUGAGUGACUUUGACAAGUUCCAAAUAGUGAUACCUAGAUGACUGGAUCACAGCAUCUCCAAAAUGGCAAAGUCUUCUGGGGUUUUCCUGGUAUGCAGUAGUUAGUACCUACCAGAACUGGUGCAAGGAAGGACAACCGGUGAACCGGCGCCAGGGUUUGGCGUGUUCAAGGCUCAUCGAUGCACAUGGGGAGAUAAGGCUAGCCAUUCUGGUCCAAUCAAACAAAAGAGCUACCGUAGCUCAAAUUGCUGGAAAACUUGAUGCUGGCCAUGACAGAAAGGUGUCAGAACACACAGUGCAUCACAGUUUGCUGCGUAUAGGACUGUAAAGCCACUAACCGAUCAGAGUGCCCAUGAUGACUCCUGUCUACUGCCAAUAGCACCCUCAAUGGAGAUGCGAGCUUUAGAACUGGACCAUAGAGCAAUGGAAAAAGGUUGGCUGUUGUGAUGAAUCAUGGAGAGAUGGCAGUAGGAGGCAAACUAACAGAAGCAGUGUUGUGCUCUGGCCAAUGUUCUGCUGGGAAACCUUUAGUCCUGGCAUUCAUGUGAAUGUACUUUGAGAUGUACCACCUAGAGAGAUUGUUACAGAGCAUAUGCAUCCAUUCAUGGCAAUGAUGUUCCCUGGUGGCAGUGACUUCUCUCAGCAGGAUAAUGCACCCUUCCACACUACAACAAUUGUUCAGGAAUGGUCUAAAGGACAUGGCAAAGAUUUCAUAGUGUUGCCUUGGCUUCCAAACUCCCUAGGAUCUUAAUCCAAUCUGUGAGAUUUGCUGGAAUAACAAAUCUGAUCAAUGAGGUCCCACCUUACAAAUUACAGGGCUUAAAGGAUCUGCUGCUAAUGUCCUGGUGCCAGAUAUCAUAGGACAUGAUCAGAGGUCUAGUGGAGUCCAUGCAUUAACACAGUAGAGCUGAUUUGGCAGCACAAGAGGGAUCUACAUAAUAUUAGGCAGAUGGCAAGGAAAAGAAAAGAAAUAAAAAAAAGUGUAGUAAUGAGGAAUAAUCCCUGCAAUGAUGUAAUCGUUCAAAAAGAGAGAGAAAAAAAAGUAUAGACUAUUGUUGACAAUUGUGGUCUAUGACUAUAACAUUAUUCAAGUGAAUAGUGUCAUUCAACAAGAUACCUACAAUAAACAUUAUUGUGGUUAACACCUUUUUAACCAACCUAAUUUUUUUAAGCAUUUUAGUUUGAAAAAACAUACAAAAUUAAAAAAAUACACACACUUAAAGUUACUGAACCUGCAGCACCAGAUAAUCCACUCUGACAUCAGGAUAGGCGCCAGCUAUCAGGAAAAUUAAUUCUGAUUUUGGUCGAGCAGUGAUUUAUAAGAAACAUAGUUCAGCCCCAAUCACAAUUCCGUUCAUCAGAUGAGAGGAACUGCUCAAUAAGUUGAUAGCAACCAUAUUGCUAUCAUACUGCUUUCAGCUUUUAUGAUAGCCUUGUUAGCAAUUUUGUGAAAUGUGAUUUGCACAGUGUUCUUCUGAGGCUCUGGCCUAGAGCUGGAAUGGCCUGACAGUUUGCACACACUGUAGGCACUGGUCGUAUGGAUUUUGACAGUAAAUAAGGAAGCAAAAAGUCCUUUCUAUAAGAGGCAGUAAGGGCAGUUUUAAAGCUUGAGAGAGUUUUACAAAUCACGGCAGUUAUAUGCCAUUGUGGGCAGAGACACAGUGAAAUGGGACUUCCUUGCACUUUAACCCAAGUAAGAUCAUAGGUGCGACUGUAAAUAGAGUUACCCUUUAAAUAAUAAUACAUAUGGUAAUUGACAAAAGUCCCUUUAUCUAAUUUUUCAUAUUGGGUCAUUUGUAUUUAAAAUCAUGUCUUCUAAUGUUUUGAUUUUUAGGCAACACGUAAGAGGGAACGUAUCAUUAAAUGGACAUUACACUACCCAAAUACAAAACAAAUAAAAAACACUGUUUAGUAGAGGUACACCCAAUGAAAACAUGCAUGCAUAUAACUAUGCAAUUUUUCGUUGGGAGUAAAUCUAAAAACAGCUUGCCAAACCUGCUGUUCUUUGUCUGCUGCCUUUGCAAACUUCCCCCUUCUAAACCCGCCCAGACUUUCUGUAGCUGUCCAAUCACAGACUUCCCAAUACAACUCAAUUAGAAUUGUUUGAAAGUCAAGUGCUCUCAGCAAUUGUCUGUCUCUUUAGUUUAGCUCAAAUGAGCUAACGAAACCAGGAAGCAAUAUGAUCUGUUGUCAGCUUGAAAGUCAAGUGGGUGUAACCAGUCUGAUUUAUAAAAGUGUACAUUUCUGUUGAAAUCAGCACUUUUUGCAAAAUAAUAAAAAGAGGACACAUUCUUCACACAAAGCUUUUCUGCAACCUAAAAUUGUUUAGCGAUGGAGUGUCCCUUUGAAAAACAAAUUUAUUUUACAUUACAUUUUGCUCAUAGUAAACUAUAUACUAUUUUAGAUUAUAUUAACAGUUUGUUUAUAGGAAUAUUGAAUAAAUUGGUACAUAUUUAACCCCUUAAGGACGGCGGGCGUGCUGUGUCCUUGGGGACCCGGCUCUAAAUGCCGGCAGGCGUUUGCGAGGACCUCACAAUCACAUGGACGGAAUAGCCAUCCAUAGCAGUGCCAGCAAGGGGAGUGCCUGGAAUGACAGGAAGUCCCCCUGCUGCCUGUAAUAAAGUUAAAUAAAAGUAAAAAAUUUAAUAAUAUAUACUUAGAUCAUAUACAAACACAUACAGUGUCUAUGUGUAUUUUAAUAUUAAUAUAUGUGUAUUUUGAUAUUAAUGUAUAUAUAAUUAUAUUUCUAUAUAUAUAUAUAUAUAUAUAUUAAUAUCAAAAUACACGUAGAAUGAUAUAUAUAUAAUUACAAUUGUAUGUAUAUAUAAAAUAUAUAAAUAAGUUACAAAUGAAAAAAAUUAAACAUAAUAAAAAUAUAUAUGUGUGUAAUUUCAUUCUAACUGUAUUUUGAUAUUAAUAUCAAAAUACACUUAGAACCAAAUAAUAUAUAUACACACAUAAAUAUGUAUAUAUACACACCUAUAUAUAAAUAAUACUUUUAAAAAAAUUAUUUAUUAUAUAUAUAUAUAUAUAUAUACACACACAUAUAUACAUAUAUAUAAAAACUUUCCAUUACACCCUAAAACCUGUACAUGGGGGGGUACUGAUUUUCUUGGGAGACUUCGAAGAACAUAUGUUGGUGUUUCAAAACAGUAAAAUGUAUUAAAACAAUAUCAUCAGUAAAAAUGCCUUUUUAUGAAUUUUUUACACACAAACGGCACUUACACAGACGAUAUAAUUGUUGUGAUACGUUUUACGGUUUUGAAACACUAAUAUUUGUGUUUAGUGAAGUCUCCUGAGUAUAACAGUACCCCCAGGUUUUAUGGUGUUUUUAAAAGUUACAGAGUCAAAUAUAAAGCUUGUGUUUCAGUCUUUUCACAUUGAAAUUCGCCAGAUUGGUUAUGUUGCCUUUGAGACCGCACGGUAGCCCAGGAAUGAGAAUUACCCCCAUGAUGGCAUACCAUUUGCAAAAGUAGACAACCCAAGGUAUUGCAAAUGUGGCAAGUCUAGUCUUGUUUAGUAGCCACUUAGUCACAAACACUGGCCAAAAUUGGCACUCAAAUUAGUUUUUGCAUUUUUCACACACAAACAAAUAUUAAUGCUAACUUUGGCCAGUGUUUGUGACUAAGUGGCUACUAAAAAGACUGGGUAUACCCCAUUUGCAACACCUUGGGUUGUCUACCCAUGGCAAAUGGUAUGCCAUCGUGGCGGUAAUUCUCAUUUCUGGGCUACCAUGCGGUCUCAAAGGCAACGUAACCAAUCGAUAAAUUUCAAUGUGAAAAAACUGAAAAAUGUGACAUGCUAUAUUUGACACUAACUUCCCAAAACACCAUAAAAACUGUACAUAGGGGGUACUGUUUUACACGUGAGACAUUGCUGAAUAUAAAUAUGUGUAUUUUAUUGCAGUAAAAGCUAACAGUAUUAUGACAUUCACAGUUAAAAUGUCAUGCAGAACUUGAAAAAUAACAAAAUGUCUUAAUUUCUCACAUUUUGUUUAUAUUUUAUUCAUAUUAAAUAAUGCUUCAUAGCUAAGAUAUAGAUAUUUGAUGUUAAAUGAGAGCCCUGUUUCUCCUGAAGAAAAUUAUAUAUAAUAAGUGUGGGUGCACGUAAAGGGACACUAUAGUCACCAGAACAACUACAGCUUAUCGAAUUUGUUCUGGUGAGUAGAAUCAUUACCUUCAGGCUUUUUUGCUGUAAACACUGUCUUUUCAGAGAAAAUGCAGUGUCUACAUUACAGCCUAGUGAUAACUUCAGUGGCCACUCCUCAGAUAGCUGGUAGAGAUCCUUCCUGGGUCAUAGCUGCCUAAAAUGCAUCCAAACAUUCAGUAUCUCCUCCCUCUGCAUGCAGACACUGAACUUUCCUCAUAGAGAUUAAUUGAUUCAAUUCAUCUCUAUGAGGAGACGCUGAUUGACCAGGGCUGUGUUUGAAUCAUGCUGGAUCUGCCUCCUUCAGUCUCAGCCAAUCCUAUGGGGAAGCAUUGUGAUUGGAUCAGGUUACCACUUCUGAUGAUGUCAGCAGACUGCUUGUUUUUGGUUUUUUUGAGGCAAACAGCAUGCAGAGUUACAGCUUCUGUCUUGAAUACAGUAAGAUUUUGCUAUAUUUAUGGAGGCAUGAGGGGGCCAGGAGGGCUAGAUGGUGGUGUUUACACUAUUAGGUCAGGAAUACAUGUUUGUGUUCCUGAUCCUAUAGUGAUCUUUUAAUAUGAAAGAGGUGAAUUACGGUUGAACAGACAUAGUCAAAUUCCAAGUUUUGUUUAUGUUCUAUUUUGAUAAAAACAUGUAAAUUUGGCUCAGUCCUUAAGGGGUUAAGUAGACUUAUAAUAGUCAAUUCUAAAUAAAAAAAUUACGUCUUGAAGGCAAGUGAAAAAUAACACACAAACAACAUACAGAUACAAAUAAUGUAUAUAUUUAAAGUAUAUUUACUGUAACACUUAGAUGAAAGGGGACUAGGGUGAUAUAUUUAGAACAUGUUUAUGCUAUAGAUAUCAAAUUAGAGUGAAAUUCUACAAAGUACUUGGUAAUAAUUGAAGAUUUAUGCAAAAUAAAGGUACAGGACCAUUUCACAGUAGGAAUAUGACAGGUGACAGCAUUCCUGAUGUUGCUGGAAAAGUCCUGCAUUUUGGUGUGCCACAAAUUUUAGAAUGCAUAGUCUGCCUUGAGAGGUGAGGCUGUCAGUUCAGGGGCUGUUCUGUCCACUUUAUGAACAGACCGUCCCCUUUCAUGGGCGGACUUGCCAUUAUAAUGGAUGGAUUUGUUUCUUUUUAGUGAAUGUGUACAUAAUUUAAUGACUUGAAACCCUUGACUUCAAAGUGAGGAUACUGAUUUAGAGUUUGCUCUAGGUAUUCUAAAUAUUUCCAACCCUUUCCUAUUAUAUCUUUUAUUUUUAUAUAUAAUGUGCUGUUGGGAACUAGUCAAUUGGUUCCCCAUGGGUGAAAGGAGGUGGUGAGGUGGGUAAGAGGAGUGGACAAAGUGGAGAUUGCAAAAAAAAACAAUGUAGAAUGUUGGAUGGAAAGCCUGGGAGUGAAUGCAGCUGUUGACACGUAAUUUUUGUUUAAUGAUACAUCCUGUCGGAGUCACGUGUGCUGGGGUGUAACUAGACCUCAGAACAUUUCUUUAAAAAUUAUUCACAAUAAAUUGGUCUAAUCGGGUAAUAUGAAUAUUUACCGGACAAAGCAGAACUUAAAGGAAUAUUUAUUAUGAAAAAAAAACUAGUCACAGUGCAUAUAAAAACAGAUGACAAAAUUAUUUACACUAAGAACAAUUAAAAAUAGAAAGGAGACAUGAACAGUGUUUUAUGCUGGGGGUCUCAGGUUAGGAAAGAUGGCAACUUAUUUAAAAUUAGAUCUUGGCCACUAGUAAGCACACUAUAUUAUUGCCCCAUCAAUUAUUUAUGCCUCCUGUAUCAUCUCAGGUUUCCAAGCUUUCCCAGAGGUGGUAAAGGUGGAGGGAAAGGCGUAUCUAUAGGAACAAUAAGUGACCCCCUUGUGGAAACUUUUGAUUUUCUUUCCUCUCAUGUGCUUACCAAAGAAAUAAAAAUUGCAUCUAUGACUUUGUUGCAAUUUUUUAAUUCCAUACAUAUGUCAUAUGACCUUACAAUGGACUUCACAAUUCCUGCCAAAUGGAUAAAUGGCUGCAAUAGCCACUUGUUUUUGUUAAUCACUUUUUUAUUGAAUAUUUUGAGAGAAUUACACCGAAAGUAUAGCAUUAAGGAGUAGCAUGUCAACAUUGUAAUGCAAGUAUAAAAUGCAAACAAAUGUAACCUAUCACUUAGAUCACAGAAAUCCAUGUAACCAACAUUGGAAGGGAAGUACCUAAAAAGGUUGGUGCUGCAGACCACUUCAAAAGAAAUGGGGGUGAGGAACACAACAGCACCUCUGAGGAUCCAUGAAGGAUACUCAAUUUCUGCAUUCACCAGUGCCACUGUACAUAAGCCUUAUAAUGUAAUGUGGUCUGGUCGUUGUAAACAAAUCAGAGGGGUUUCAUCCCUGAGCAGUUUCAUACAUCCAUGGCCUGGCCUUAGAACACUGUCAAUCAACCAAGCAUGACCCAUCUUCCUGCUAAGCUGUAGAUUUAAGGGACCCCACUAUCUGAUUAUGUGAAACCCACGCUAUAAGUGUUCAAUUGUGAAUCUGACCGCCACCAAUCCCUUUGGUACUUAUUAGUCAGAUGGCAAACUGGAUGCUCCGAUCAAUGCUCACUGUCCCGCACCUAUAGAGGCCCAUCUUGUACGUCCAGUCCGCCAACACUAUUCGCAAGCAGCAGAGCAAGUCCGUAGGGUAGUGUAAAAGUGAAAAGGGCAGCUGUGCUGAUUAGUAAAAGAGCAAAAGUUAUAAAAGGUAGGAAGGGAAAAAGAGAAGUGGGAGAGGAAGGAGGGAGAAGACGACGAAGAAGGAGGGAGAGAAGGAAAAAAGGUGGUGAAAGUGAGGCAAGGAUAUAGGAAGAGGUUUAGGGUGGGUAAUUGGUUAGACCUACCCAUAGGAAAGCAUUAUUGAAUGCUUUCCAAUGGGGAAGAGCUGAUGCUGGAGGUCCAAAAGUCCAUUUGGAUUCCGGAAUUGCCCCCAGUGGCUGUCUGGUAGAGAGCCACAGAGGGCAGACUUAUUACUGCAAUGUAAACGUUGCAGUUCUCUGGAACUGCAAUGUUUACAUUGCAGCACUAAGUGCAAAAGGGUCACAGCACCCAGACACUUCAAUGAGCUGAAGUGGUAUGGGUGCCUAUAGUGUCCUUUUAAACUUUUACUGCAUUUCAAAGCUUUGAUUGCAGAUAUAUUGCAAAAUAUAAAAUUGCAAUGUUUUGAGCUCAAAUCAAAAUAUAAUGAAACUAGGGGUACAAAAUAUAAUUCUGUGUUGUAUAUGAAAAUGCAAAUAUUUUCUAACCACACUCUAAAAUAGCUAUUAAAAAGUUGUAAGCAAAAUAAAAUAAGCCCUGUUAACAGUUAUUUCAAUAUUACUUAUAAUGAAAUACAGAUUGGAUUAUCCCAAUAUAUAUUCCACUGCACCAUUUAUUUAUGUGUAUGCAGUAGUGAUUUUUUUAAUUUUAAUAUACAUUUUUCUACCCAAUUAUAAUUACAAUAAUAUUUAUAGCACCAGCAUUUUCUGCAGCGCUGUACAAUAGAUAAACCAAGAAAAAAAAAAAAAAUGAAUGCUGACAAAAAACAUUUGAUAUACAAAUGAGCUUAAAAUGUAAAAGAAAAGGAACCUGUCAAUCUGGAGUUACAGGAUCUUCAGGGAAAGAUGAACCAUUUUCAUUUUAUUCAAGAAAAUAUGUAGGUUAAACCCCCGGUUACUAGAAGGGGUUUAGAAGGGUGAAGCCAAUAAAACUGUUGGUCUGGUGUGCAUAAAAUAAAAUCUAUGACUGCUAAAGCGGGCUUCUUCCAAACUGUGAUGAAGGACAGGAAAGCAUUCUGACAAAUGAGGGAGUGGCUGAUCUAUUUAUGCCAAUGUUAGCAUUCUAUUUGUCCUUUUUUGCUGUGAGGGGCUAACUCCUAGGUUAAUGUUUUAUAUAUAGAAAUGUAGUUUUAGAGACCAUGUUGAUACCUAAAACGGUAAGCGGAAAACAAAAAAUAGGAAGUUCAAGGCUGUAAAGCAUAACACUGAACUGAAAAAGUAAUAUCACUUUGCAUAGUAACACUAUUUGGAGAUUUGUUUCCUUGGAAAGGAGUUUCUACAACACACCAAGUACUACACAUGGUUCAAUUAGUUUUUUUUUUUAUUGGAUGCUGGUAAAGAAGUCCCUAGUCUUGACACCAGGCGCUGUGCUGGAUUACUUUCCAUUCCUUCAGUUUGUAUAUUCCUCCAGUGCACUAUUGCUUUCCUUGGGUCUGUUCCAUCAUGCAUCACUUUCUUGUACAGAUUUGUAUUAUCUAAACAAUAGAUUUAGCCUUCUAAAUGGCGUGUGGCUCACUUGGGGAAGAGGUAAUAUGUUAUGAAACUAAAUCAACUUCAAAUUGUCUGAAUUGCUCAUUUGCAAACUGAGAUCACACGAUCUGGUUGGCCAUAACGUGGCAACUGCACCUUGCAAUGCUUGAAUGCACUGUCAGCAGAUAGGUCAGAGAGAAGAUACAUUUCCCAGAAAUCCAAAUAAUGAUUAGCAUCUAGAAGAGAAGACUUCCCUGCACAGUUCAAUAAGUCCAUGCUUACAAUUUGAAAUGUAUGGGUAGGAUGCACAUUGGACAUAAUUGGUUCUUUUUGUUGUACUUGAACAUAUUCAUUGCAAGUUGAACAAUGGCUGACAAAGUCUUUCAGCUCAUUUUGUAUGAGUUGUGUGUGUGUUUGCCUCUAACAAGCUUCUUCACCAAGUUGGCUUGAAUGAAUGGGGUUGAAUAAUGACCCUUGGUCCCUUGUAGAGGCGAACCGUGAGGUUGGCAAGACUGGUGCCGGCCAGUGGAGCGCAAAACUCAAUUGUCAGUGUGAGCAGUGAUUUUUGCUCCCCCAGGCAGUGUACGGCUCCAUCAUGGAACCACACGCACAGUACACAGCCUCCCCCUCGCGGUCUGUGUAGGAGCGCCGGGUGUCACGCCCCCUCCCCUCCUCUGCCAGGACAGGCAAACCUAUCUUCCUGGCAUGGGGGGAGAGAAAUGGAUGAAAGGAGGGAGGUUGAUAAGCGUGGAGAGAUAUGGAUGAAAGGGAGGAGGUUGGCAAGGUGGGAAAGAAAUGGAUGAAAGGGAGGUGGCAUGGGGAGAGAUAUGGAUGAAAGGGGAAGGUUGGCAAGGGGGGGGAAGAGAAAUGGAUUAAAGGGGGAGGUUGGCAAGGUGGGAGAGAAAUGGAUAAAAGGGAGGUGGCAUGGGGAGAGAUAUGGAUGAAAGGGGGAGGCUGGCAAGGUGGGAGAGAAAUGGAUGAAAGGGGGGAGGUUUAGAAGCGGGGAGAGAUAUGGAUGAAAGGGGGGAGGAGAUAUGGAUGAAAGGGGCAGGUUGGCAAGGGAAGACAGAUAUGGAUGGAAGGGGGGAGGUUGGCAAGGUGGUGGAGAUGUGGAUGGAACGGGGGAGUGGAAAAUGGAUUGGAGGGAGGAGGGAGACAUGGAUGGAGGCACUGACACAGGGAGACACUGGGGGGAAUAUGGAUGGAAGGGAGAAAUAAGGGGGAGGACAUGGAUGGAAGGGGGAGAUAUAAAUGAAAGGGAGGAGAGACAUGGAAGGGGAGAGAGAUAUGGAUAGAAAAUGAAAUACAUGGAUGGAUGGAAGGGGGAAAGACAUGGAAGAGAGGGAAACCGAGAACUGAAGUGGGUAGAAGUGAGCGGAGAGUGCAGUCACAUCUUACCCUGCCUGGGGAAUGCAGAGGGACUAGGGAGGGAGCGAGUGGAGCGAAUAAUGCGGCUACACCUAAGAUUUGACACCUUACCUACCGGGCUGAGACUGCAGUUGGCAUAGGGACUAAGGGAGCGUGUGGAGUGGACAUUCUAGACAGUGGAAUUACUACUAUGACAGUAAGUAAGGAAGUGAAGCUUUUGAGUAAAUGAUAUGUAUGUACCCAGGAUUGCAUAUUAUGUGAGAAUGAAACACGUAAUUUUAGUUUGUGUUGCUCUAGGAUUCAUCAACUUUUAUGCAGGUCACAGAUGACCAGUUACAAGAGGCUAUCUACUCAUCAGUGGGUAUUACUGUCAUUCAAAGACAACAACAGUUAGUUCCACCAUACACAGCCAGCCCAAAAUCAUCACAAAUACAAGCAUUUCCCAUCACACAUUGACAGCACAAAAUGGUCACACAUUCUCAUCACACACAGCCAGCCCAGUGCUAACACACAGUUUCCAUCACAUGUACACAGCUCAAUAACAUCACACACAAACUAAUCCUAUCCCACACAAACAAUAUAAUACAUCAAUCACAUGCAGUCCAUUACAGUGAGACAGCAAAAUAUAUCACACACAAACUGUAGCCAUUACACUGAGACAGUCCAAUACACAGUCCCCAUUACACCUUGAUACCCCAAUACAACACAUGCAGUCCCCACUAUACUCAGGCAGCCUGAGUUCAUCGGUCACAACCAAAGUAUUUGUUAGCUUUAAAAAAUUUAGUGACACCAGUAAAGACACUUGUUUGUAAUAGGGUGCAGGGCCGGACUACUCUGUGGCCGCUGUGGGAUGUAGCCUUUAAGAAUUUGGCAGUGGUGGGGUGCAGAUGCGGCCGUAAGUGAGAGAGUAAUCUCUCAGCCAAUGUAAUAUCGACUUUAUUGCCGCUGGAAAUCUCAUAUCCGGCAUCUUUUUCCUUCUGCAUGGUGCAUGCAGGAGGCUGUUUGAAGUCCUCGGGCAAGGCCUGUGAGUGCAAUCUAAAUGCCAGGGUAAGUCCUCGGUGCUGGGGCAAGUCCUGUGCGUACAAUCUCAGUGUUUGGCAAGUUAUGGAUGCACAGGCAAGUCAUGUGAGCACAAUCUGUGCACUGUGGUAAUUGCUAUGGCGAGUCAUGUGAGUGCAAUCUCUUUGCUGAUGUAAGUCCUAAAUUGAUAUAAAACUUUUUCCGGGGCUGGUUUUUAUCCCCAGUCCAGCACUGAUAUGGUGUGAUGUCCCUAUGUUAUGCUAGCAAAAAGGUGUGAUUUAUCAAAGUUGUGUUUGUAAAAAGAUAUAAUGGCCUGUGUUGUGCUUGUGAUAAGGUGUGAUGUGCUUGUACUAUGCUUGCAAUAUGGUGACAAUCAUUCAUCUGGCACAUCACCAUCAUCACACAAGGUUAAAUAUGUGUGUUUAGCAGAACCACUUCUGGCUUAAAAACUAAUUUUAUUUCCGUUAUUUGAUAUAUUACCUUGAUUACAACUUUCCAGAAUUUAUUUAUGGGUGUGCACUGCCACAAACUGUGGAUUAAAUUGCCUCAUUAAUAUAACAUUUCCAGCACCUGUCUGAUGACUCUUUUAGCUUGUUUCUUGGAUUGCAGCAAUAUUCUUUGAAAGCAAUAUGUGAAAAAGUCUGCUAGCCUGAUAAAAUUCCCAGGCACCCCAAACCUCCAUCUUGCCUUGAUCUAGCCAAAACUUUCAUUUUAACUCUUGCUUUCUUGUCGCUCAUACAAAUUUAAAAAAGGAUGAGUGUAGUAAAGAUAGCCAGUUUUCUGGGAAAUUAAGUGGGAUCAUUCUCCAUAGAUACAUCCAUUUUGGUAAAAUGUAUGCUUUUAGGAUAUUGAUCCUACCUGACCAGGAAAAUCCCAUACUUUUCCAGUCCCUUACGUUUUUAUUAGUUUGUGUUAGUAAAGGUAAAAAGUUGGCUUCUACUAGAUCUUUUAAAUCUGACGUUACUGGUAUACCUAAAUAUUUUAGCCUGUCCUUGUUUUCUGGGAUCCCAACAUUUUGUACAAGAAAAUUGAUUACACUUUUGUUAAAAAUUUUAGCUAUGAAUAUGGAUUUCUCUAUAUGCAUUUUGUAUCCUGCCACUUUAGAGUAUUUAUUUAUCUAAACUGAGGUUUUUUGGUUCUUCUAAGGUUAGUAAGAUGCAAUUUAUGUAAAUAUUUAAUUUACUUUGUCCUAAGGAGUUCAUAAAUCCUUUGAUUUUUUUAUUUUAUCUUAUUAGAAUCGCAAGGUGUUCUAACACCAUUAUGUCCAGUAAAGGGGAUAGAGGGCACCCAUGUCUAGUCCCAUUUUCAGGGUUCGCAUCCUGCAGGCAAGCGUGGGAACGGUGUUCUUGCACUGUUUUUACAGCAGGAACACCGUUCUCACUGUUCCUGAAGGUACUCCGCCCCCAAAUGCCAUCCCAUGUUCCCCCUGUCAUGGGGGGGCCCCCCAAGAGGUGGCCUGAUGUACCCCCAGUGGGGCGGGCGCAUGUCUCCCAGUCAGAAGUGGCGAGGGAGCUGUGCUCUCUCUGCUCCCUCUCGCCGUCGGCAGUCUACUGAUGCCGGGAGCCGGAAUAUCACAUCAUAUUCUGGCUCCCGGCAUUAGCAAACGGCGCGCGGCGAUAGGGAACGGAUAGAACACAGCUCCCUCAUCGUGUCUGACCGAGAGACAGGCGCCCGCCCCACUGGACCCCAGGGACAGGUCCAUGCCAGCUCUCCAGGUAGGGAGGCUAGGUGGACAUUUUUUAAUUUAAAAAAUAAUAAUUUGUGAAUGUAUGUGUGUGUGUCUGUGAAUGUGUGUGUCUGUGAAUGUGUGUGUCUGUGAAUGUGUGUGUGUCUGUGAAUGUGUGUGUGCAGGGUCGGACUGGGGAUACAAAGCAUAGAAAAAAAAAAUGCAUAAGUCAUUGCACCAUAUAUUGUCGCAUGUAAUAUGUAAGGCUAUGUCUUGCCACCCCCAGAUGAUUGAGUUAUAUAUAUAUAUAUAUAUAGCUUUUUCUAAUAUAAAAUAUUGGUCCUUUCAGAGUAAAACGUUUAAUUAUACAGUAAGCAUACUCACAUGCAGACACAGACAGACAAUCUCACUGACACACACAAGCUCAUUGAUACACAGCCUCAUAGACAAACAAACAAUCUCACUGAUAUACAUAAGCUCAUUGACAAAAACAAAAGCUCACUCACUAGCAGGCACACACACACGCAAGCAAGCCCACUCACUAGCAGGUGCACGCACACAGCUUAAUGUAGUGGUUCUGGUGUCUAUAGCCUGUCCCUGCAGGCUUUUCAAUGUAAACACUGACAGACACUCAGACGGUCACUAGAGGUGCUUCCUGUGUCAGUGCGGAUUGGCUGAGAUCAUUAAGCUUGAGGAUCUCAGCCAUAGAGGCAAGGGGGAGCUCCUCUGGCGGCACUGUCUCUGCUCCCCAGCGUGCAGCUUAAUGAGACUGGGGCCGGUUCUCAUUAAGUAUUGCGCGAUGGCGGGGGAGCACUGCCAGCUCCCCCUGCAGCUGCCAGAAGAGCCAGCUGUCUGCCCGGCCCCAGGUGCCGACAACCCACCAGGAAAUUUGCCGGUAGGCCAGUCCGGCCCUGUGUGUGCACACAUACAUAUAUACACACAAAUACACACACACACGAGUGUAUAUUAUUUUUUGGGGGGGGCGGGUAAUCUUGGGUGAGUUCCCACACUUUUUUCCCCAGGACUUGACCCCUGCCCAUUUUUAACACUGAAGUUUUGUGAUGUGAAUCCUGACCCUGUUACUUUAGCUGAUGGAGAUUUGUAGAGAGCGGAUACAGCUUGUAAUAUUGAUCUAGUAAUUUCAAAUUGUUUUAAAGUGGCAAACAUGAAACACCAUCCAACCCUGUCAAACGCUUUCUCUGCAUCUAUUGACAGUAACAUUAGAGGGGUACUAUUAAUCUCUGUUUCUUCUGAUAUGUUUAUUAUUGUUCUAAAAUUGUUGAUUGAAGACCUACUUUGUCAUUAUUAAUUAAUUGUGGCAUGACUAUUUUUAAUCUAUCAGCAAGGACAUUAGAUAAUAUUUUAAUAUCUGUGUUGAUUAGGGAUAUAGGUCUAUAAUUGCCAAUCAGUUCUAAGUAUUUAUCUGCUUUUGGGAUUGGGACAAUAUUUGCUCUCAACAACUCUCCAGGACAGCUUCCUGUUUUCAUUAUAUAGUUGAAAAUGGUGGUAAGUUCCCUUUUAGUUGGUCUUUCAUUCGUUUCUAGAAUUUAUUUGUGAAGCCGUCUGGGCCUAGGGCAGUCUUUAUUUGGUCGGGUAGGAUUUUUGGCAUGGGUAAGUUUUCGAAGAAUUCCUCGAUCUCUUUUUCCCUGCCAAAUAUUUCUUCUGGUAGGUUAUAUAAAUUCUUAUAAAAUCUCUGAAACACUUUACCUAUUUUUUCUGGGGCCAUUAAAUAGGUUUGUCUUUUAUUUUAAAUAUUACUAGGUUAUGUUUCUCUUUUUUAAAUUUAUUAGUCACUAGUGUUUCUAGCUUUAGAUACCACUUGGAUUGUAGUGCUUCUAACUGCUUGGUUGCUUUAUUCAUUAGCUGAAUAUUUAUCUGUUUUUCUGUUUCUGCAAUCUUCCUUGCUAUUUGUGUGGAAGGCGUUUUAUUUAUUUAAAUAUAUAUCUAUAUCUAUCAUAUUUUUUUUGCAGUGGCUGCCAUUUUUAUCAAGUGGCCUCUAACUACACUUUUAUAAGCGCACCAGACCAUGAUAUCCGGUAUACCUUUGAUUUUAUUUUCUAAAAAGAAAAGAUUUGUUAUAUUCUUAAUUUCUUCAACACUUUUUUUUUUACUUGUGUGUAGUAUAACAUCUUUUACACACCACUCUUUACGGAAUGUAUCAAAAGUGUCUUUGCAUUCCAACAUGAUUGGGCUAUGGUCUGACCAUGCUAUAUCCUAUAUGUCUAUUCUUUUAACAAGAUAUAGCAUGGUCACAUUACCCAGGAUAAGGUAAAUUCUUAAGUAUGAAUUGAAUGUUCUAGAAUAACAUGUGUAAUCUAGGUCGGAGCUUUGAAAUGUGUGAUAUAUAUAAAUCUCUUAGAUUAUAAUUAUUUAGUAGAUUUUGCAAUCUGUUAGUUUUCCUGCUUUUUCUGACAUUCUGCUUCCUGUUUUGUUCUUAACUAACCAGCUUUUUAGAUCUUCUGCACUAUUAAUGGGAGUAGUGUUCCGUUCAUGUGAUAUAAUAAUUUUUGUGGGGAACCCCAUUCGGUAAUUAAUAUUGUUCUGUCUUAGAAGUAGUGUGCCAUCAGAAAAGGUCUUCCUCUUUUGUCUGGUUUGCCAUGACAAAUCCUGGAAUAUUCUCAGGGUUUCAUAUUCCUCUGCGCAAUUAUAACUUCUUAUAGCUCUUAAAAUUUACGUCUUAGUUUUGGAAGAGGCGCAGCAGAUCAGUACAUCUCUUGAGAGAUGUUCUGGGACGCCGUUAGGUUUAUUCGCUCUGUGGCAUCUUUCCAUAAUAGGGGUUCUGGGUUCCCAUUCCACUUUCAGAUUUUUAAAAAAUGAUUCUAUGUAUGGCUCCAUAUUUGUAGGAUUUAUUUGUUCUGAUACUCCUCUGAUUUUUAAAUUGUUCCAUCUUGACCGGUCCUCUAGGGCUAUCAAUUUGUACUCUAUGUCAGCCAUUUUUUUUCCCCAGCACCUUAUGUUCUUCUUUGUGGAUUUUUUCCUUUUGUUCCAGCCCAUUUAGUUUUUCUUUUAACCCUUGGAAUCGUUGAUUAAGAGUCAGUAGUUCCUUCUUAAUGUCCAGAGAAUUAGCUUGGAUUUCUUCUCUCAAUUUUCCAAAUUGUGUAUCUAAGUGUGUAAGUAGGUGGUCAUAUUUUUUUCUUCCUUCUCUUGCCUCUUGGUUUUCCGCCAUUUGUCCUUUGUUCAUGGCCCUCUCUGAUGGGAUAUUUGAGAGAAUAGAUUCCUCCAGGUUAGAUUUAUUACCUGAUGGGUUUGGUGAGAAGAAAGAAAGGUGGUUUUCUGUUUUAUUUUCAGGCUUUUUUCCCCUUUUUUAGGUUGUAACGGAGCUCCCUGUACUCCGACCGAGUACCCACCGUUAAUGGAUGCUCCUAGCGUUUCCUGAGGACUCCAAACACUGCAGCAGACACCACAACCACCGCAGACUCCACAACCGCCGUAGCUUCACUGGAGUCUCGCCGUCUUCCUUCCACCCUGGAUCAGCUUCUGUCCUCCAGGACUGUGUGGGAAAGACCUCAAGCAUCCAGGACUGUGUGGGGAAGACCUCUCCUCCAAGGAGAGCGUGUCAGGAACAAGCUCUUAAAAGAGCUAAGUGAUUCAAGCUCAGGGGAGUAUGCAGAACAUAGCAAUCCCCAGUGUGAUUAUACCAGCUCCCUCCAAUAACGAGACAAGGCUACGUUUAGAGGGAUCAAGAAGAACUGUCUAAACCUUUAUUUCCCUUGGGACCAUCCCAUAGGGUCACCACAAUAACAUCGUUGUGAAACCUCAAUAAAAUCACAAACUGUCAAACCAUAGCAGGCAACACACAGUGACUUAUCACAACACAAUGGCACAUUUUUAAAGGGGUGGGGGAGACAAUAUUUAACAGUAAAUAUCUCACCUGCCUGCAGAAUUAGCAAUAUGCAAAUCUACCUGAAUAUGCAAAUGAACCAGUCUUGCAAUUCAGGUAGUGCAUAUUGCUGUUGCUACCAACAGAGGGCACUAGACAAGCUCCAUAGCCAAACCCACCUAGUUGGUAGCAAACCUUAGCAGUACAGGAGAGCAAGCAAUACAUUUCACAGUACACACACACACACUAUAAACAAUUACAUUACACACCCCCUGCACCUAUAAUGGGUACAGGGUGACUAAAACAUAAGAUAAACAUAAGAUAAAUAAAGCAGCCUACAUAAAUAGUCUGUCUGAAGGUAGACUAGGGGCUUUAAAGCCAAAUACAUGAAAGAGUCAUAGUCACAGGGGAGGAGGCUGGCAAGCAGGCCUCUCCAGAACCAAGUGGCGAAGGGCACUUCAUCACAUAGGUGUUUGCCAUUUUGUGGUUUUUUUUUUUGUAGCUGUAACAGAUUGCCUGGCACCCCAACUGGGUACCUCCGUUGAAGGAUGCUCCUAGCGCUUCCUGAGGACUCCAAGCACUCUGGCAGACACCACAAUCACCGAACCGGAGAAACAAAUAAAUUCUCCCAAGCAUAUGAAUGCUGUAGACAGUUGAAUAGGAACCAUACGAAUCGGUUUACUCUCCUAGCAGUCAAACUGGAAUAGCAUACAAUAAAUCCUUCCCCCAAUAAUGAGACGACACUUCACUUUGAGGGUUAGAACAGGAAUCUGAGCGCACAAAACUACCGAAUAGCGCUCAGAUCCUAUUCACACAGUUCAAUUGCCAUGGAGCCGAAGUCUUUAACUACACGAAUGGGCUCCAUGGCAUAGCUAUCUGGGUUAACACAUUCACAUAAAGUCUGGUCCAUAGUCCAAAGGCAAGAGGCGGGCAAGCAGCCCCCACCAAGGACAUGUGGCGAGGCCGGUUUCGCCACAUUUCUCCCCUUUACCAUCCAGACUAACAGGGUAUCUGACCUCCUGCUGGUCAGUGCCCUGGUUAGUCCAGCAACCCACCCACGAAGCACAAACAUCAAUACAGCCCACCCACAAUAACUGGUUACUACACCUAGAUAAAAUAGCAACUUGUCCAUGUCCAGGUGCCUCACCACGGCUGUGCGGGGGGCUGGUAGACUGCCUUGGUGGGUUGCUGAGUGGGCAGAGACCAGCGGUACUCUGCCCGGGUGCCAGCGCUACCACUGAAGUAGCCUGGUUGGAGCCUGGUUGUGGGAGGGGGAGACCGACUGUCUCCCCUCUGGAUACACUGCUCUGUGGCUGGGGGACAGGACCGACCGUCCCUACCCCUGGUGCUGCAAGUGCAGAGACUACGGUCCCAUCUGCAUAGUUGUGGGGCUUAACAUCUCCCCUUGGUGGGUUAGGCUGCCGCUGGAGAGAGGGUGUAACAAGCUCCUCUCUCUGAACUGUAGACUGCCACUGGGGAGAGGGGGUAACAAACUCCUCUCCCUUACACACUUUCAACCGCUGGGGAGAAGGGGUAACAGGCUCCUCCUCCCUGACUCUCUCUGCUGGUGGAGAGGGGGACUUCAAUAUAUUGCCCCGCUGCUGGGAAGCAAGACCGACUGUCUCUGCAGGACACACUGCCGCUGGGGAGGAAGGAUGGCACCUUUGGCUCCCUGUGACUCACUGGACUGCUGGGGAGAGGGACCAACUGUCUCCUCUCCUAAGGACACACUCUGCCGCUGGGGAGGAAGGACAGCACCUUCAGCUCCCUGUGAUACAUACUGCCGCUGGAGAUCUGGGCCGACCGCUCAGCAUCCCUGUAGGGCCGGUAGAGAGACCGCCAUCCCAUCUCCACCUGCCAUCUGUGGGUCUUCCCAGGACCAGUCUGUGAGGUCCCUCAACAUUUGCGAGUAAGGACCACCUGCUACCGCACCUGGCAACUCCGGUUGCUGCUGGGGAUCUGGGCCGGCUGCCCAGCAUCCCGGUGGGCCCGGUGGAGAGACCUCGGACCCAUCUCCACCUGCCUGUUGUGGUUCCUCACAGGACCAGUCUAUGAGGACCCCUACUUCGGGUUCCUGCGGCCGCCUCAGGGGGAAACGGCUAGCCUCCUCGGAUGCAGCCUCUACUCGGCUGCUGUAACACUCCUUCCGCUGAGCAUAGUCUCUCUCUUUCGCCAGCCGGAAUUCUCGGGCCAGCCUUGUGUUUCGCUCGGCCGUAACCUGGUUCCAGAUCACACGGCGUAUCUCCAUGGGUACAUCAUCCCCAUACUGGGCCACUUGCUGCCUCACUUCGGCCAUCCAAUCAUCGCCAGAGCCUUCCAUGCUUGUCUGCUCCAAGUCGCUGGAUACCUCUGCUCCCAGGGGCGCUGCACGUGUGCUAGCGUUGCCCUCAAUUUGUAACUCCACAAACGGUGUCUCUGAGCUGCUUUACCUCACACUAGGAUGCCAUCCCACCGCUUGCCACCAAUGUAACGGAUCGCCUGGCACCCCGACUGGGUACCUCCGUUGAAGGAUGCUCCUAGCGCUUCCUGAGGACUCCAAGCACUCUGGCAGACACCACAAUCACCGAACCGGAGAAACAAAUAAAUUCUCCCAAGCAUAUGAAUGCUGUAGACAGUUGAAUAGGAACCAUACGAAUAGGUUUACUCUCCUAGCAGUCAAACUGGAACAGCAUACAAUAAAUCCUUCCCACAAUAAUGAGACGACACUUCACUUUGAGGGUUAGAGUAGUAAGUGUCCCCUGAGCAAAACACAACAAUAUUUAUCCAUCUACCUCAAAUCCUCAUAGACUGUAAGCUCACUCUUUACCUCAUGUUAAUAAUCUGUAUGUCAAAUAUCUCCUUUCUAUAAAAUAGCAUUGAAAAAAAAAUGUUGGUGCUAUAUAAAUACCACCACUUGUCAUUUCUGGACUGUAGAGGCAGUGAUGAAAGCAUUGGCAAGCAAAUGCUAUACUUUUCAAUUUGUGCAUAAUUUUUCUUUGUUAAUCAAGUGCCCUAGAUGCAAAUGCAACAUGCUAACCGUCUUGUAAUAAGCAACAUCCAAGUCACUUUUGCUUUAGUCACUUUAAAUUAGUGACACGCUUUGUAAUAUUAGUACUGCAAAACAGGUGUAUCAGUAACCAAGCAUUUUAUCUAUUGCACUGCACUAUCGUGCUUUUGAAGCCAGUGCCAAACUGCAUCCUUGUCAAAGGCACAGCUCAGACAGGAAUUUGUCAAGUAAAUUAAGUGAAGCACUGCAGAGAUUUUACAUUGGAUAGGUGUGACAUAUUAAAUAUAGCUACAUCAAGUUCAGCCUUCCUCACAUUUGUCUUUCUGUUGAUCCAAAAGAAGGCAAAAAAAAAAAAGUUUGAAGCACUUCCAAAGUAAAAACAACUAGGAAAUAAAUUCCCUCUUGACCCCAGAAUGGCAGUCAUAUUUAUCCUUGGCUGAAGAAGCUAUAUGGAACUGAUCUUUUCUGAGUCAGUUUUGAAAUCCUCUGAGGAUAUGUGGUCAAGGAAACAAACCUCUGUGACCUUGAAUAGUAUCUGGAGCAGGGCCACCACCAGAAGUUUUAGGGCCCCUAACUCAGCUCAGGGUCGGGGCCCCCUGGGGCCCGCCUCCAAAUCCUGCCCACAGGAAUACACACACAGACACACACACUGAUACAAAAGGACACAGAUGCACACACACACAGAUACAUACUAACAGACACACAUACAGGCAUACAUACUGACACAUACACACAUAUACAGACACAGGCAUACAUAGUGACAGACACAUGCAGACAAACAUGCAUGAGGACAUACAGACACAUAUAUACAUACAGACACCGACAUACAUACCGACAUCCAUACAUUCAUAAUGCGAUACAUACAUUCAUACUAGCAUACAGACAUCCAUACACAGACAUAUGUGCAUACAUGCAUACACACACAGCUCAUUUUUGACCACUUCCUCCCAGCAGCACUUUCUGCGGCUGCGUUUUUUUUUUUGUUUUUUUUUAAAGGGGACCGGUCGAGCUUUAACACGGCCAUAGCGCUGACCGGGCCCCUGAAGAUAUAGUGCCCAUCGGGUGGCCGGGCCCGUGACAACUAUCAUGGUUGUCACCCCCUGAUGGUGGCCCUGAUCUGGAGUGCUGAAGCUGCCUAUCCAUGUACUCAUAUGUCAUCAGCUAUUGGUUCAAUAACAUUGAGUUCACAUAAGACUUUGUGUUGCUUACGUUAAUAUAUUUCACAGAUGCCUUAGCUUUCCAAUUGAUUGGAAAAACUUUCAAAACAAUGUACAGUUGCAAGAAAAAGUAUGUGAACCCUUUGGAAUGAUAUGGAUUUCUGUACAAAUUGGUCCUAAAAUGUGAUCUGAUCAUCAUCUAAGUCACAACAAUAGACAAUCACAGUCUGCUUAAACUAAUAACACACAAAUAAUGAAAUGUUGCCAUGUUUUUAUUGAACACACCAUGUAAACAUUCACAGUUCAGGUGGAAAAGGUAUGUGAACCCCUAGACUAAUGACAUCUCCAAGAGCUAAUUGGAGUUACAUGCCAGCCAACUGGAGUCCAAUCAAUGAGAUGAGAUUGGAGGUGUUGGUUACAGCUGCCCUGCUUUAUAAAACAAAAACAAAAAAAACAAAAAAAACCACACACACCAGUUCUGGGUUUGCUUUUCACAAGAAGCAUUGCCUGAUAUGAAUGGUGCCUCGCACAAAAGAGCUCUCAGAAGACCUACGAUUAAGAAUUGUUGACUUGCAUAAAGCUGGAAAGGGUUAUAAAAGUAUCUCCAAAAGCCUUGCUGUUCAUCAGUCAAGGGUAAGACAAAAUGGUCUAUAAAUGGAGAAAGUUCAGCAUUGCUGCUUCUCUCCCUAGGGGUGGCCAUCCUGUAAAGAUGACUGCAAGAGCACAGCACAGACUGCUCACUGAGGUGAAGAAGAAUCCUAGAGUGUCAGCUAAAGACUUACAAAAGUCACUGGCAAAUGCUAACAUCCCUGUUAGCGAAUCUACAAUACGUAAAACACUAAACAAGAAUGGAUUUCAUAGGAGGAUACCACAGAGGAAGCCACUGCUGUCCAAAAAAAACAUUGCUGCAAGUUUACAGUUUGCAUAAGAGCACCUGGAUCAGCAGUACUGGCAAAAUGUUCUGUGGACAGCUGAAACCAAAGUUGAGUUGUUUGGAAGAAACACGCAACACUAUGUGUGGCGAAAAAAAGCACAGCACACCAACAUCAAAACCUCAUCCCAAUUGUGAAGUAUGGUGGUGGGGCAUCAGGGUUUGGGGCUGCUUUGCUGCAUCAGGGCCUGGACGGAUUGCUAUCAUCGAAGGAAAAAUGAAUUCCCAAGUUUAUCAAGACAUUUUGCAGGAGAACUUAAGGUCAUCUGUCUACCAGCUGAAGCGCAACAGAAGAUGGGUGUUGCAACAGGACAAUGACCCAAAGCAUAGAAAUAAACCAACAACAGAAUGGCUUAAACAGAAGAAAAUACGCCUUCUGAAGUGGCCCAGUCAGAGUCCUGACCUCAACCCGAUUGAGAUGCUGUGGCAUGACCUCAAGAAAGUGAUUUACACCAGACAUCCCAAGAAUAUUGCUGAACUGAAACAGUUCUGUAAAGAGGAAUGGUCAAGAAUUACUCCUGACCGUUGUGCACGUCUGAUCUGCAACUACAGGAAACGUUUGGUUGAAGUUAUUGCUGCCAAAAGGAGGUUCAACCAGUUAUUAAAUCCAAGGGUUCACAUACUUUUUCCACCUGCACUGUGAAUGUUUACAUGGUGUGUUCAAUAAAAACAUGGCAACAUUUCAGUCUUUUAGGUGCAGGAGAGUGACUUUCCCUAGGGUCCAGCGGUGGCUCAGGUGGAGAAAUCACUCUGACUCCCUCUGCUUCCUCCCGCGUGGUUUGUGUGUUAGCUGGGAGGAGUGACGAGCAGUCACUUCAUCCCAGCAUGUGAUGUAAUGUAAUAACAGGGGGCCCGGUUGCGCUGUUAAAGCGCCCAGCGCUGACUAGGCCCCCUUACAAUCUACAUCCAUCGGGUGGCCCUGACAGCAUGGGGCACCCAAUGGACCCCUUGGACGGCGGCCUGGCGGAAAUGGUGAUGGCGGUACCCGGUCGCAGGGGUGCCGCCCUCCCAAUCUUUCAAAAUGAGGAAAUCCCUACCGCCCACCUGGAAUCCUGAAACGCCCACUAGUGGGCGGUAGGGACCAGGUUGACGACCCAUGCUUUAGGCCUUACAUCACAAAAAAAAAAAAAAAAAAUCACAUGUGUUGACAAAAGUGAAUAUUCACAACUCACCAAUCUUGCACAAGACAUAAUGUAUUUAGAAUAUCUAAGUGUUUGGUUCAAAAAAUGUAAGCUCUGCAUGGAUGGAGAUGUGAAUCUGCCCCAGUCUAUUCAAAUGCUGAACCAGACAACAAUGGCUUUUAGAUUGCUUCAACAAUCUCAAGCUCUAUUCUUUGUGUCUGUUCCCAAAUAGGACUAUCUGGCACUGUCCCAGAGAUCUCAUCAGCUCACCUGAAUAUAACUUUAGUUUUGUGUCACUUAGCAGAAGCAGGUCUUCAUGUGCCAAUUUAAUUUUGUCUCUCAGCCUCAUUACAUCACAAGUAGUAGAAGAAUCAAGUUGGCAUGACUGGGACUGCUAAUGAGCAGUAAAGAUGACUUAGUAUUAGUAAAUUAUGCCCCUACUCGCUAUAACGCGAGUAGGGGCAGGUCUAUUAAACAGUGACCAAUCUGUGGCUGCUCACUGUUAAAUAAAAAAAAUAAAAAUAAAAAAAUAAAAUAAAAAAAAGUCCCCCCUCCCGAACCCCCACCCACGACACGCAAGUGGGGGUUUUUAAACUAAAGGGGGGGGGGCCUAUUGCCCCCCCCUCCCCCGAGCGGUGGGUGGGGGGCCCUAAAUACUAAUAAGGGGGCACCUAAUGUCCUCCCUGCUGGCCCCCCAUCCCUGAGUAGUGGGUGGGGGCCCUACAGUAAAAUAAGGGGGGACCAGGGGUGUACCUAGAGCAUUUGGCACCCGGGGCGGAUCCUGUGCUUGGCACCCCCCCCAAAAAAAAAAAAAAAAAAAACCUGUAAAAAAUGUUAAAGGUUUUAUUUCUUUUAUUUUUACAAUUUGUAAACUUUGCAAAACCGCUGUCAGCCCCUCCUACAAAACCUUUGUCCUGCCCUUCUACAAAUCCUGUACUGCCCCAUCUACAAAACCCCCGCAACCCCCUUCCACAAAUUCCCUGCUUAUCCCCCCUUAUAAAGACUCCUGUCCCAAUACAAAACCCCCACCCCCUUCUACAAAAUUCCUGCAGCCCCACACACACAUUUACAGGCAGACAGUCACACACACAGUCACAGGCAGACAGUCACACAUACACAUUUCCUCCGUGCGGCCAGUUUAUCAGCUGUUUGCUUGAGUGAGCUGUACUGGCCGCACGGCACCCUAACUACCAUGGGACACUGUGCGGCCACAGCUCACACAGCCUCCUCCAGCCAGGGCCGGUACAAGGAUUUUUGCCGCCCUAGGCAAAAGUAAAGUUUGCUGCCCCCAUGUGACAUCACAAUGCCCCAGCCAUAUGAUUUGCCAUGUUAACUAACGCCAGUGCUGCAGUGCCGCCGUGUUUACAUUAAAAGGCCUGCAGGGACAGGCUAGACACCAGAAGCACUACAUUAAGCUGUAGUGGUUCUGGGGACUAUAGUGUCCCUUUUAAUGUGAGGUAAAUUAGAGAUUAGUGCCACAAAUAAUAUACUAGAUUGCCUACUUACAACCAGAUGAGGAUGAUGAUGGGCUCUAGCUGCAGUCUGGCUCCACUGGUCUGGUGCAGAACAGGCUCUCUGGAGGCGGUUUGUAACUGUGGUCACAAAAAUCAAUGUUCUGGGAGAACGGGAAGCAGCUCCAUUUUUUGGGGGUCCUUUACACAGCUCAAGGUCUGGGUCCCAGGGUCCACCUUCAUGUUCCACCAAUGAGUUUGUUCACAGGGGGUGGAGUGUGUAGGGGAUGUCCUGAUAUGUGUGUAAGGAAUGCAUUGUGUGAAAUUGUGUUUGUAUGUGUAAGGACUGCAAGGUGUGUUUCUGUGUAUGUAUGGGAUGCAUUGAAUGUGUGUAUAUGAUGAAUGUCAAUCUCUCACCCCCUCCCCCCUUCUUUCUCCACCCCCUCCCCCCUUCUUUCUCCCCCUCCCCCCUUCUUUCUCCCCCUCCCCCCCUGUAGCGUGGCCGAGCCCAGUAUAGCCGGCGGGUACAGGGAGCUUUUGUUUCCUGUACCCGGCCGGACUGACAGGAAGUGAACACUCAGUGUGCACUUCCUGUUAGUCCGGCCGGGUACAGGAGACAGCUGCUCUCUGUACCCGUCGGACCAUGCUGCAGUGAGGGAGCUGACAGGAGCGCUCCCUCCUGUCAGCCUCUCCUCAGGCUGCGCCCAGGCGGUGCGGUCCGCCCUCAUGGACGCACCGCCUGGGCAAAGCUGCAGCCGCCUGAGGCUCUUUACAGAGCGCUCGGGCGGCUGCAGCAUGGGGGGAGGGGGGGGGCGGGGGCUGGCCAUGGCACCCUCCACCCGGCUGGGGGGGACCUAAUGUCCUCCCCCCUGAGUGGUGGGUAGGGACCCUAAAUACUAAUGAGGGGGAAGGGGGAACCUAAUGUCCUCCCCCCUGGCUCCCACCCCUAAACGGCGGGUGGGGGCCCUAAAUUGGAAUAACUAAUUUGACUCAUAACACUCUGAUGGGUUACUUAAUCCACCAGAGUGUUAUGAGUCAAAUUACACAGCAUGGGAAAAUUCCAAAGAACUUUCCCACCCUGUGUAAAAUGACAGAGCACUCUGGUGGUUCUCAAACCAACCAGAGUGCUGUGACAGGUAAAUGUAGAGACUUAUCUGUCAGUCUCUUCAUUUACCUGUCAGAGCACUCUGAUUGGAUGGCUUAAACCAAAUCAGAGUGCUCUGAGCCUAAUUGAAGCCUUGCUCCGCCCUGCAGAGCUCAGUCUGCGCGGAGCCCUCGCUGGGUGAAGAUGUUUUUGUUUUGUUUUUUUAAAUUGCAUCUGUUAUUAUGGUUUAUUUGGUCUUUUUUGGGGCAGAAAAAAAAAAAAAAGGGAAGAAAACUUCAAAUGGUAAGUUUUAUUUUUUACAGGUACUUAGUUAAAGCCCCCCCCCUCAUUAUUUUUAAUGUGAGGGGGGUAGGUAGGGAAAAAAAAAAAUUGGGGGUGGAGGAAGCUGGUCAGAGGUGGGGAUGAAGGAAGGACAAUAGGUCCCCCUUAUUAGUAUUUAGGGCCCCCACCCACCACUCAGGUGUGGGGGCCAGGGGAGGACAUUAGGUUCCCCCCUUAUUAGUAUUUAGGGCCUCCACCUGCCGCUCAGUAAGUUUGGCUGAAAGACCAAUUUAGGUCUUUCAGCCUUUUGGUAGGUAACUCCCUAAUACUGUGGGAGUUAUCUAUUAAGCGGCUGCAAGAGAAGUCCCGAAUUUCGGAAUGCCGAACCGAAAAUUUUCCUUAUGCACGUGCCUAAUUUAUAUCUUUUGUCUACUGUAUGUAAAAAAAUAGCUUAUUCCUGUUAUACUACCAUUUCAGACCUUGUGUACUGUCUAAAGCGUUUCAUUUUCAACUAUUGUUAUAAAGGAUGAGCGAAUCAAAAAUGAUAGAAAAUAAAAAAAGUGUAAUUUUAUAAGACCUUAAGGAACAAUGAUGCAAUAAUUACCAGUAAGGACUGUUUCUCUGCUGUUAACAGGGGAACUCUGUAUUAUAAGAUACCUGGUGCUCCUCUGUCAAUUGCAGCCAAAAUUAGGGCUGACAUGAGCUGCAUGCAGAGCUGAAAAUGAGCACUGAACUCAGUUUUGUUUUUUAAAUUGGUAUUUAAAUCCCCAAUUCCCCAUUAAAGAAUUGUGUUGUGAACAGAAUUAAAUUUUUGCUCACACUAGGGAGACACAGAUAUGAAUUGUCAGCCUAGCCCUUUUUUAGUGGCUGCAGACUGACUGAGGAUCUGCAUGCAUCGCUCAAAUUGAGCACAGAAGGCAACAAUUAAAAUGGGGAUUUAAAUCCCCAUAGACUACAAUGCAGUGUGAACAAGGUUAAAUCCUUGCCAACACCAAGGAGACAGAAUAUAGCCUCAGAUUGACAAAUUAGUUGUGUGGAAGUGUUCAAAGACAGCAUUGCAUACAGAGCACCAUGGCUGAAUAAGCAAGUUUAGUGGUUCUCUGACCAUCUUGUGUAUGAGUAAUACCCAUGGUCUGAUUAUACCUUUACAGUGCCCUGCUGCAUAUCGUCAUGGCUUUUAGAUCCAUGAUGGGCUUUGCCACUUGCCCAGCACUGAUCACAGUGUAACAGCAAUGCCUUAUUCAGUAUGUGUUAUGCGUGAGUAAGUAAUCAGUAACACAGCUGCAAGGUUAGAAUAUUUUCCUUUAAUAGUAAAGUAUUCAACUUAAAUAGCAAAAUAAUAUCUCCAAUAAGGAUAUGGAAGGCUUCUGCAAUAUCAAAGUACGAAUUCAGCUGAGGAGUAAUGCAGAAUAGCAGCACUAAUAGCAGGCAAUAGAUAACAAAAGCAGGAAGUUCAAAUCCAAAAGAAAGCGCUGCAAUCUUUAGGUAAGUAGCAUAGUAGUAAACUUAAAUUAGAUGAGAAGGGUCCUUUAACAAGCUGGGUCCCUUGGGAUUGGGAAAUGCAGCUUUAACAGUAGAUCAGUCCGAGAUCAAGGACAGGAGAAGGCAACAGAAUCCGUUCUACAGUCCAGAGGUUCUGUACACAAAAGCAAUAACGAGAGGAGCUUAGUAGGCACAAGAAACACGGAAGUAACUUUACAAAUUAACUAAGCACUUCAAUUCUGGCGCGGCUCCCCUAUAAGGCAUCAGAAGAUCGCAUCAUAGAGGUGCGGAGACCUCUGUAUACCUGGAAGUGUACAGAAACGGAGCGACUGUAAGAUCUGACAGUAUUACAGGGAUCUGUCAUGCUAAAAACUACCAACAGAUGGCAGCAAUAUAUACCGCUUGCUACUAUUUUCGGACAUUAAUUUGUCCUGACUUAACGAGUUCGUCAUAUGUCUAGGAUUUCAGUUUAUUUUUGGUAGUUACCGGCCACAAACUAAAAUAAGUGAAAUACUAUUUCAAUGAGAAACUAUUUUACCUGCAAAGGACUCUAAGGGAAUCAACAUUUAAAAAAAAAAAAAAAAACCAAAAAAAACCCAAACACUUUCUAUCAACUAUUUGAUUCUUGUUACAUGCUGAGGUCUCACUGACCCCACACAUUUUUUCUUCAUGUUUUUCAUAGAAACUACAUCUCCUAACAUCAACUUGUAAAUUGCAAUUGGUGUUGCUGGUUCUGUGCUUUUUGUGGGGCUCCUUUGCUUUGUAUUCAGCAAUUUUUAAACCAGCAUUGUUGCUGAGUAAAUAGCAAAAUGUUUAUAGCAAUAGCAAAAACUGAACAGUUAGGCUAACAUGGUUGGAUGGAUAUGUACGCACUUAAAAUUUAAUAUUAACAUAGCCAUAUUUUUACACAAUUAUUUAAUCGUAACAUUGACAGGUGCAGCUCUAUCCAUAGAAGGGUUUUAGAGGUUUACCACCCAGAGGGGAAGUUGAAUAAUGCUUUUAUGUAUUUAAUUUUAGUAUGUAUCAAACAGUGCAUCACAACAGAAGAGUAUAUUUUCAACUAUUAUUCAUAAACUGAAAAUCAUGGAGAACUGCUAGGAUAACUACAUAAUUUAAGGAUACAAUUUAAAAAAAAACAAAAAACUAUGUUUCCAAUGUGACAUAACAUCUGCACAUCUUUUCUCAAUUAAUCUCAAAUGCCAGUUUAGUGAAUCACCCAAACAAAAGGAACAUCACAGUGUAGACAAGGGUUUUUAUUCACAACACAUUGUUUUGAAUUGACAGCCAAAUUGUAAAAUCUAGGUAAAUCCCCAAAAAAAUCCAGGCAUUUAUUUUACAUCUCUUGUCUUCUCUACAUAUUUAAAUAAGAGUAUAAUACAUGCCAAAAUACAGCAUAUUGAAUAAGUGUUGUAAAGUGAGAAUAUUGGUAAAUAUAAUUUGAGGAUGUGGUUUCAAAUGUUGUAAAGUUGUGAAUUAGUUAGGACUGUUGAAAUAAAGCUCUGUAUGUUUAUUUUUUUGCUGAGCAUCAGAGCAGCCAAGUAGCAGAGAGUAGUUACACAAGAUACAACAGUAGGUAAGCGCUAAUUUACAAACAAUAUGUAGGUAGGCAGCAACCUUGAGGAAAGGAAUCCCUCCAACCCUUCAAGGAAACAGAAAAUAUAACAAACAGGCAAGGCUGCGCCAAUUAAAUAAGUGAUAAUAGUUCAAAAAUAAAGUCACAAGAACAGUAGGGUAAGAUUAGAGUGCUGGUGGGGAGUUAUCCUGAGGACAACUCCCCACCAGCACUCUACUCUUACCCUGCUGUUCUAGUGAGACUUUAUUUUUGAACUAUUAUCACUUAUUUCAUUGGCGCAGCCUUGCCUGUUUUUGUACUAAGCAAAGAGUAGUGCAUGGUAGUUCAACAAAAUCUGGGGGAGUUUGAUAGCCCAUGAAAAUGGACUUUAAAAUUAGAUUUUAUACUUUGUAGGUCAGUAUGAAAGAAAAGCCAUUGUAUAGCUUAUAUUUCAUUGAUACAUUUUCUCAUGGAUUUAGGACAGUGCAUUUAUUUUAAUUACACAACACUCAAAACUGGUAAAGCAGGAUCUUCACAUACAAAUUUGUUCUAUAUGCUACUUUCUAUAUUUCUCUUUAAAGGUGCAACCCAUAGCUUCACAAUGUGGUUUUCAGUCACCAGUGGCCUCAAUGAAUGCCCAGCUCCUUACUAAUCCUGGCAAAGGUAAGUUGAUUUGUUUUAUUUGAACUAUAAUGGAGGUAGUACAUUGAAUCCAUUGCUGGAUUUUUUGUGAAAUAUUUUG